GUAAGUAAACACUGUACCAAGUAAAAGAGAGAAAUACGUGGAGACUUUCCGUAGCAAGGCUCUUUCCUUUCGUUAAUCUAGAACACCAGUAAGAAUUACUAUUAUACAGCUCUUCACCGCACCGCCAAAAUGCUGCGCCGCUCAAUGCUUCGCUGCCAGGUGAACCGCGCUCCGGCUCGCCCUGGUCCGACGCUGUACGGAUGGGGACGCACGGAGCAGAAGCGUCGUCUCGAGUACGAAACCACCGAGUCGAAGUACCACAAGCGUGACUUCAACAAGGCCUGGGACCUUGCCGGUGUAGAGCAGCGCUAUUCGGACUUUAUGCAGGUGCGCACCUAUUUCUCCCUCGGCUCCCGCUGGGGCACCUGGCUGUACAACUUGAUGCAGUUCUACGUGCUGUCCAUGUUCCCCAUCUUCGCCUUUAUGCACAUCCUCCACAAGUCUAUCGAGCGCUACGACGAUAGCAUCCGCCUGGCGGCUUGGUGGUAA